ACCAGAUGUCGCUGAACGUUGCACAUGCGCUUCAGCAAAAUCUAUAUUAAAAUGGAGGAAGAAAAUCAAGUCUUGGAUCGAGAGAUUAAAAAGGAUGAAAAUGAGGAAAAAUAUGGGACAUCAGCAAGUGCUAAGAAGCGUAAUCGCAAGAAGAAAAAUCAAACAACAAAUUCAAUGGGAGAAGAUCAUGAAUCCGGAAGUCGUGAAGAGAUAGUGAUUCCAAGUAAUUGUAAUGUUUCAAUUAAGGAAAUUCAAUUGGCAAUGGACGCUCUUAAUCUUCAACAAAAACCAGCUAAAACUCAAGAGGAAGCAUUACAAAAAUCUUAUCAAUUUUGGAGCACGCAACCUGUACCUAAAAUGGAUGAACAAAUUGUUUCUAAUGAACCAAUUGAAGCUGAUAGAACAAGCAUUAGAGGAAAGCCUUAUUCAUUACCAGCUGAUUUUCAUUGGGAUACAUUAAAUCUUGAUGAUCCAUUAGUUUUGGCCGAAUUGUAUUCAUUAUUAUCGGAAAAUUAUGUCGAAGACGAUGAUGCAAUGUUUAGGUUUGAUUAUCCACCUGAUUUCUUAAAAUGGGCAUUGCAACCACCUGGUUGGAGUAAAGAAUGGCAUUGUGGUGUACGUGUAACGAGAAAUUCACGACUUGUAGGAUUUAUUUCUGCCAUUCCAGCAAAUUUACGUGUUUACGAAAGUGUUCAAAAAAUGGUUGAAAUCAAUUUUUUGUGUGUACACAAGAAACUAAGAUCGAAACGAAUGGCUCCUGUUUUAAUUCGUGAAAUCACAAGGAGAGUUAAUCUCCAAGGUAUUUUUCAAGCAGUUUACACUGCUGGUGUUGUACUGCCAAAACCAAUUGCCACUUGCAGGUAUUGGCAUCGUUCUCUAAAUCCAAAGAAACUAAUUGAGAUUAAAUUCUCGCAUCUCUCGCGCAAUAUGACGAUGCAGAGGACUCUAAAAUUAUAUAAACUGCCAGAAAAUACAAAAGUUCCUGGAUUUAGAAAACUAGUUCAAACGGAUAUUCCACAAGCUCAUAAAAUUCUAUACGAUUAUCUUAAAAAAUUUGAUUUAGCUCCAAUAUUUAGCGAAGAUGAAUUUCGACAUUGGUUCCUUCCACAAAAUGGUAUCAUUAACAGUUUUGUAGUGGAAAAUGAUAAUAAAAUCACUGAUAUGGUCAGUUAUUAUACAUUGCCAAGUUCCGUGAUGCAUCAUCAAACUCACAAAACUUUAGUAGCGGCGUAUAGUUUUUACAAUGUUUCCACCGUUACUCCCUGGGUGGAUCUAAUGACCGAUGCAUUAAUCUCAGCUCGUAAUCUCGGAUUCGACGUUUUUAAUGCUCUUAAUUUAAUGGACAACAAGGAAUUUUUGGAGCCAUUAAAAUUCGGAAUAGGCGAUGGUAACUUACAGUAUUAUCUGUACAAUUGGCGUUGUCCAAGCAUAGAACCGGAAAAAAUUGGUUUAGUUCUUCAGUAAAACAGAAAUUAUUGUUUAAAAAAAAAAAAAAAUAAUAAUUUGUAUGAAAAACAAAAAAUUUACAAAACAAGUAAAAUAAAGAAAGUAAAGAAAAGAAAAAAAAUGCCAGGAUCGAGAGUUUUUUUUUUUUUUUGACUAGGAUUUCUCUGAACAGAUUUACGCACUUAGAAAAAUGAUUAAACGAGAAAUCUUCCCCAAUAGAAAGUUGUAUAAUAUCGAUGAAAAUCAAUUUAUCAACUUUUUUUUUUUCUACUCUCGUCCAAAUAAAAAAAAAAGCAAUUAAA